CCUGGCUGGGGUUGACGGGAUACAGCCGUACUCACAUCCCAGACUAUACUGAAAGAACUGAACGUCUGAGAGAAAUUGUUCGAGAAGCUGGCCCAAGAAACCUACAGGCCCCACUUACAUGGACUCCUGAAGCUUCAACGGCGUUUGGGCUCCUGAAGACUGACCUGUCUGUGGCUGCUGCUCUCACGGCACCAGACUACGGUAAAACAUUUCACCUGGAUGUUUCUGAAAAGGAAGGCUUUGCAUCCGCCGUCCUUUUUCAGAAACAUGAGGGGGAGAGAAGAGUACUCAUGUACCACUCUUCAAAACUUGACCACAUUGAAACCGGCCAGACCGCCUGUUCCAGAUACGUUGCGGCGGUAGCCAAGGCGAUUGAGAAGACAGCCCAUCUGGUAAUGUGCCACAAGAUGCAAAUACACACCCACCACGGGGUGGCAGCAUACCUCAUCAGCAAAGAAUUUACCUUCAGUGCGGACAGAAAAAACAAAAUCCAGAACAAAUGCACCCAGUCACACAUCACUUUUGUGAACACCGACAAGAACAUGGCAGAUGCACUCACCGCAGAAGAUGGCCUAGCACACUCCUGCCAAGAGAGGGCAGCACAAGAGCUCAAACUGAGACCAGACCUGGAAAAUGAACCACUGACAUCUCCAGACCUAUGGCUGUACACAGACGGAUGUUGCUACAAGGGAGACACAGGAAACGUAGCUGCCUAUGCGGUCGUACAGCAGCUGCAUGACAAAACACAUGUCACGUUGGAAUCAGGAAUUAUCCCCCAGCCAGCAUCGGCACAACUUGCGGAAAUUGUGGCUUUGACUCAAGCUCUAGAGAAAGCCGAAGGAAAAACUGUAAACAUUUACACGGACUCGGCAUACGCACACGGAGCAGUGCACAUAGAUGGACCACAAUGGGUUAGGCGCAACUUUACCACCACAGGUAACCUACCCAUCAAGCACCGAGCCCAAAUGGAACGUUUGAUGCAUGCCGUGUCCUUACCAAAGACAGUGGCCAUAAUGAAAUGCCGAGGCCACCAAAGACUGACCAGCAGAAUCAAUCAAGGAAAUGAUGCCGCAGACCUGGCAGCCAAGGCCGCAGGAGGAUACAGCCCCCGACAGAUGGUGCUCGGGAUAGAACCGGCAAGGACUGAAUUGACAAGCCAACACAUACUAGAACUACAGGAAGAGGCAGGCCCUUACGAACAUUCGGUUUGGACACAGAAGGGAGGCUCUAAGGGACCAGAUGGAAUAUGGAGAUGCCAUGAUGGCCGACUGGUGGCUCCGGCUAAUCUCUGUCCAGAACUGAUAAGGGAAGCCCAUGGACCCACUCAUGAAGGGAAACUCAGAACUUUACAGAAGGUUUCAUACAUAUGGUGGCACCCCACAUGA